CAGAGACGACCCCAGCAGCAACUCCUGCAUCUCCAUCUUUAUUCCUCGCCCUCUCAUAACUCCGUCUGCCUCACCCUCACUUCCUCACCCCUCCUGUGGCACCUCACACAAUAGACUUCCCCUUCGAGCACCAGCCUGAAGGGAAAAGCAGGAGAGGGGGAGAUACGGUUUCUCUACAACAAUGGAAAUUCAAUCAGGAAAUGGAGAGGAGGUGGCGAGCGCGGUGUCGGCGACCUCGGGCUUCGUUUCCUGCAGUCCCUCUGGGUCACAGGUAGAGGAUCCAGCACGCAGAGAGGACCCGCAGGCUGCUAAGAGGAUUGAGAGGUUUGACAUCCCACUUGAUAGCCUGAAGAGGAUGUUUGAGAAGCCCGCUGUGGAAAACACAGAAGCGACAGCCGUCCACACCUCCCCGUCCAAAAGAGCAACAUCCAGCUUUGUCUCACACGCUGAUUCAUCAACAGAUCACGCCAUGGCCACCACUCUUUCUGCGGGCAGCACAGGUAGAUCCAGAUCAGGACUUCCCCAGGACCGGGUCCCGAGCGCCGAGGACCAGGAGACCGAGCAGGUGUCGGUGAAAGAGCGGCUGGCGAUGUAUCAGGCCGCCGUGACGAAGAAAGACGCCAGCAGUACCUCCUCCGCUGCGGUGAUGGAUGAGUCCGAGCCUUGUUCGCUGCCUGGUGGCCUGGCCAGUGUAAAGAGACAGUUCGAGAACCAGGAGUUUGCCUCGGCGUCCUCUCAGUCCAGCGUAACCCAGUUUCAUUUCGAGCAGAGAUCUGUGCAGGAGAUGUCAAGCUCCUCAGAGGUGACAGUGAGAAGCAGUGCCAGAGAGGUCGUCCCCGCCACAGUCCUCUUUCACAAUCAACAAGAGGUGAUCCGUGAUGAAAGAGUCCACCAUAACAAUGUGGCAGCCAGUUACGGGAACCAUUACAAUGAAACAGUUAUGCUCGUCGGAGGAGAGGACCUACCAAAGGUUUCCACUCAGGCUUUGAAGCAGCAGUAUGAAAAAACAAUUGAGGAAGCCGCACCAGCCAAGGAAAUUAAGGUUGAUGUGGAUUUCAACCUGUUUCAAUGGGCACCAGUAAACCAGUCCUCCAAAGCCUCAGCCAUGACAAGCUAUGACACCUCCUCCACCUUAAAGACUGCUACUGCCUCAUCAAUGGCUUAUGAGACGACAGACCAUUUCCCUCCCCCACCCUCAAACCUUGCGCAGGUAUUACAGGAAGUCCCUGAGUCCCAGCCUCAGGAGCCAGCCUGCCAACACAAGCAGACUGUUAGCAAGGAGCAGUAUUUUAAACACAAGAGUAUGGCUGAGCUAAAGCGCCUCUACAAGCACAUUCAUCCAGAGGUCCGCAAGAACCUUGAAGCGGAGCUCCCCGAAGUAGAAAUGAAGGACAUGGACAUUGAGGAAAUGGGAGAUGUCCAGCAGACAUGCUAUAUGUUUGAAAAUGACGGCAACAGCUCGAGUAGGUGUUCAAGCCCUGACAGAGAAUCCCUGGAAUGGGAGGAGAUCCUUAAAGGAGAAGUUCAGUCUGUGCGCUGGAUGUUUGAAAACAAGCCACUGGAUACCAUCAAAGAUGAAACCCCAGAUGAGAACGAGGUGAGGAAUAUCGCCCAGCAGGAAAUCAUCGCUGGCAAAGAUGUCAGAUACACAGCUUGGAUGUUUGAGACUCAGCCCAUGGAUGCUCUGGGGUCAGAGACUCCUGACUCAGUUGAGCAGUCACAAAAAUCAACUGAUCUGGCGAGAGGAGAUGUCCGCACUGCUACAUGGCUUUUUGAGACACAGCCGCUUGAUUGUCUGAAUAAGAUCUACCAAGAAGACGAGCAGGAGACAGAUGCUGUCAUCAACAAAGACAUCUCCGGCGGAGAUGUGAAAACCGCAAGGUAUCUCUUUGAAACCCAGCAUCUGGAUUCCCUGGGUAAAACCGAAACUAUUGAGGAGAGCCACUUCCUCAACCUGAAGUCUGAGCUGGAGGAGAUCAAAGGGGAUGUGAAGACAACCACCCGCAUGUUUGAGACCCAGCCCAUGUGUGUCAUCAGGGGGGAUGCGGGAGAGAUGCUGGAGAUCACCACCAUACGCAGGGAGGAGACUGAGAAAGGAGACGUCAAGACAUCACGCUGGAUGUUUGAAACCCAGCCGCUGGAUAUUAUAAACAAAGACCCUGCAACAGUAAAACUUAUAUGUGGUAUCUCCAUGGAGGACAACAUUCAGUGUGGCGUGAACAAAGGGAGAUGGCUUUUUGAGACAAAGACUCUGGACACCAUUAAGGAUGAAGAAUGGGAGAGUUCUAGGAUGCAAAAGGAGGAAAUAAUCGGUGCUGAUGUGAGGAAGCACUGUUUGGUUUUUGAGACUCAGCCUAUGGAUACUCUGAAAGAUAACGCCAAUGCUAGGCCUUUACCCUCGGAGGAGAUUGUAGGAGGUGAUGUCCGAUCAGCAAAACAUCUGUUUGAAACAGUACCCAUGGAAAAUCUGAAAGAACUGCUCGAAGUGGGAAAACUUCAGAAAAUGGUUGCGUCUGAGGAAGAAAAGGGUGAUGUAAGGCAUCAAAAGUGGGUCUUUGAAAGCCAGCCACUGGAGAAUAUAAGGGAGGAGAAGAAGGAGAUUACAAGAACUGUGAAUGUUGAAGCUCUUGACAAAGGGGAUGUGACAAAUUAUAAAGAAAGGUUUGAAAGUAUGGAUUUAAGUAAGCGUGAAGGGACACAGAAGAUUCAAGUUGAGGGGGUCACAAGUGGAUCGGUCAAAUCCAACAGAGUUCUUUUUGAAUCAACCCCGAUGUAUGCUAUGCAAGACAGCUCUGGCCAUUACCACGAGGUGAGGACUGUGAGACGUGAGGAGAUUGUGAAGGGAGACGUGCACAGCUGCAGAUGGAUGUUUGAAACACGUCCCAUUGAUGAGUUUGACGAAAGCAUCAAUAAGUUUCAGAUCAUAAAAGGCAUAUCCAAACAGGAAAUCGAGUCAGGGGAUGUCAAAACGGCCAAGUGGUUGUUUGAAACCCAACAGCUUGACGCUAUUAAAUUUUUCAACAAUUCUGAGGAUGAAGAACAUAAAACUAAGGAAGAUAUCGAAAUUGAGAAGGGGGACGUUAAGACUUGUAGGUGGCUGUUCGAGACUCAACCAAUGGAUGUUCUGUAUGAAAAGGUGGAAAAGAGUGAGGCUGAUGUUAAGCAAGUGCAAAAAGGUGAUGUCAAAACGUGCACUUGGCUCUUUGAGACCCAAACACUUGACAACAUACGCGACCAUACAGAGACUGAGUCUGAGACCAUUCUGAAGACCUGCACUGUAAAGCAAGAGGACAUCCAAGGGAAAGAUGUGCGACUGGCCCGCUUCCUCUUUGAAACCGAGAACCUGGAAAACAUCACAGGCGAGGACAGCAGUUCUUUCAGGAGGGUCACGGAAAUAAACAUUCAGUCGGGCGAUGUUUCCAGGAUGAAGUACAUCUUUGAGAAUCGCUCCUCUGACAUUAUGAGCUCCACCUCGGAGGAGACAAUGCAGAGGUUAAAGACGCAGCAGGCCGAGGACAUCCAGAAGGGAAACGUGGUCAACUGUACCUGGAUGUUCGAGAAUCAGCCGAUUGAUGCCAUCCGUGACGAGGCGAGGGAAGUUCGCACUGUGACUGAUGUUCGGGGGGGCGACGUUGACAAAGGCCGCUUCAUUUUUGAGACUUACUCUCUGGAUCAAAUUAAAGACGAAUCCACUGAGACUGAUAUCUCUAAACUCACAAGUAUCUUCAGAGAUGAAAUUGAGAGGGGAGAUGUGAAAAAUUAUACCAUGAUGUUUGAAAGUCAGCCGCUGUAUGCCAUCCGAGACAAAGAGGGCCACUACCAUGAAGUAACUACAGUUACCAAGGAAGAAAUCAUGAGAGGAGACGUGGUGGGGGCCCGAUGGCUGUUCGAGACAAAGCCACUGGAUUCAAUUAGAGAUUCAGAGGAGGUCUAUGUCAUUAAAGCUGUGACUGAGGAAGGCGUCAACAAAGGAGAUGUUAGCUCUGCGAGGUGGAGGUUUGAAACACAGCCGCUGGAUGAAAUUGCAGAGGAAAUUAAAGUCAAGUCAAAAACAGUUGCCGAUAUCCAAGGCGGCGAUGUGAAGACAAACAAGCACCGAUUUGAGACAGACGAGAUGUCUCAAAAGUACAUCAGAACUGUUAGCGUGAGCGAAAUCCAAAAAGGAGAUGUCAGAUCUGCGACAUGGAUGUUUGAAACGCGCACGAUUGAUGAUAUCCGCGGUGAAGGCGCCGAGUAUGAUGGCAUGGAGAGAGUGACAAAAGAGGAAGUAAUGAAAGGGGAUGUCAAGCAGUCUGUGUGGCUCUUUGAGAAGCAGCCCCUUGACAGUAUCAAAGAUACCGAUGGCACAGAGCUUGUUGUCACAAAGGAGGAAAUCCCACAGGCCGACGUGAAGACAACAACAUGGCUAUUUGAAACCACUCCAUUCCAUGAUUUCAAUGAGAGCAGAAUGGAAAAGACAGAAAUAUUAGGUAAAAGCAUCAAAGAGACACUUGAGGAGCUUUAUUGUCAGAAAAUGGUUGACUCACAAGGUAUCCUUAUUGAGACAGAUGAGAUCGGCGAUGUCCGCAUGGCAAAGUAUAAACUCAUGAGCCAGGAGGCUCCACAAAUCCAAAAAGAAGAGAUUAUCAGAGGGGAUCUGAGCAACAUAAUGAUGAACCUCCUGAACCGCAGGGAGACCACCGAAAAGGGGAUAACUAUCGAUGAGGAGGAGCGUGGGAACAUCAACACCACGGUGAAGCAGCUAUUCAACCAGGAAAGGGGAGUCAAUGUUGAGAAAGAGGAAAUUAUCCGCGGUGACAUUCAGGAGGCCAUAAACAGUCUGCUCAAGAACGAGGGCUCCUCCAAGCGUGGCAUUCUGAUUCAAGAGGAUGAGAAGGGAGACGUGAGGAUGACUAUCUAUUCCCUCUUGAAUAAAGGGGAGAGGGCGAGCAUGGAGAAGGAGGAUAUCGUUCAAGGUAACGUGAGCAGAACCCUUCAUCGUCUCCUCUCCAACUCAGGAGAAGAAGACUCUAAAAAGAUAAGGGUUGGGGACACGGAGAGGGGUAACGUCAGCUUUUACUCCACAUGCAUUGAGUCGGGAGCCUUGGAUUACCUGAAGCAGCUUCAGUACGAAUCAGAUGAAGCCCAGGAGAAGGUGGAAAAGGAGCAUAUUAUAGGUGGCGACAUUGAGGAGACCAAAAUCUUGCUGCGGAAGAAUCAGCAACAGAUAGGUCGCACAGUGGCAGAGGACGAUAUAGUUCCUGGUGAUGUAAACAGCACCGUCAAAGUCUUUAUGACAGAGCCUACUGUUACCUACAGAAACCUAGAGAAACACGACAUUGUUAAAGGUGACCUUAAUGCAGCCCUGGAUUCACUGACCCAAGCCAUUAAUCAGAAAGUAGUGAUAGAGAAAGAGGAGGUGGUGAAGGGAGACUUGCACACUACUUUGAAGUCUCUGGAGGAGGCCCAGCAUCAAGCCAAAGAAAUGGAAAAGCCUGAAAUCAUCAGGGGAGACAUCCGAGGAGCUCUUGAGUCACUGGAGAAAUCUACAUCCACCAGUAUGGAAGCGACUGUCGAAGACUUAGUGCCAGGUGAUAUCAAAGGGACCCUGAAGUCCCUGGAGGAGGCGAAGCAAGCUGUGAAAGAGGUCGAAAAAGAGGAGAUCGUCAAAGGAGACAUCCACACUGCCAUGCAAAGUCUACACGAGGCGUCGAGCGAGAAAAAGACCUACCAGCAUCAAGUGAGCGAACAAGGUGACGUUAAAGCCACGAUCCAGCUCUUGCUAGAGCCGAACACUUCUCCCAGAAUGCAGCGCAGGGGGAGCACCGAAGGAGAUGUGAAAACGUCCAUAAAAUGUCUUUACGAAGGACAGGAGACAACACAGGUGGAAAAAGAGGAUGUAGUAAAAGGGGACGUUCAAGGUGCAAUCAAGUGUCUCAUGCAAAGAAAACAGUAUUCAAAGCCAAAACGUGUGUAUCCCCCCAAGAAAGCAAAAGUGCCCGUGAAAAAUCCAUUAACUGUAAAGCAAGUGGAGCAUGAAUGCUUACAUGAAGCAAAGAGUGAGAGCGUGGCAGUCAAUCCAGCCCCCGCUGUGAAAAACCUCUCUCAGAGCGCUGAGUCACAGAAGCACACGCAGAGGCACGACGAAAGCAAAUCGGUGAAAACACAGGUAAUAACCCAAGAGGGCCACUCUGUUACUGUAGCCAAAACAGACAAUACUGCUGGGGCCUCUCAACAGAAGAGCAUAAAAGAGCCGAAACAGAAAGCGCUGCCUCCACAAAAAAUACAAGCUCCUAAGCCUGUUAUGAUUAGGAAUAAACAAAUGACUAAUAAUGAUCAACCAGAGGCUAAAACAGCUGAUGUGAGUAUGAUGAAAGAGGUGCAAAACACCUCGCAGGCGAUUAUUUCAAACAAGCAAACAUGUGAGACAAAGACGAUCAAACAGGUGCAGACUACAGUGAUGGAGAAAACUGUCACGCACAAGCAAAAUGUCACGGUAUCAGAGCAGCUGUCGACGUCUCAAAAGGAAGCAGAGAGUAAGGCUGUCGCACAAAAGCAGAGCACCAAAAAUGUGAGGAGUGAUUACCGUAACCUUGACAUGAGAGGGAAAGGUGUGAUUAAAAAGGCGAAGCCAGAGAUUCACUUCCCCCCUCCUCCUUCUUCACCACCUCCACCCUCAGAGUCUGAGCUCUCCCUCCCUCCACCCCCGUCGCCAGUGCUGGAGAGCCCUGCGUCCGCCACAUCCCAGCCUUCUAUCAUGAGGCAGGACAGCGACCUCCCACCUCCACCGCCUCCGCCUCCAAUGGAAUGCAUGAAGUCGGAGCCCGAAUUUUUCCCUCCUCCUCCACCCCCUCCUCCUCCACUCUCUGCUGGAGGGCAAGAUUUUCUACCACCGCCUCCCUCACAGCAAGAGCUUAAUGCAAUGCCUCAGCCUCCCCCUGCAAAGCUGGUGAAACCCGUCGGCAAGCCUUUAUUCAAAGUGCCCAAGCAGCCAGAAACACAGAAGCAGCCCGUACAAGUUAAACCCAAAUGGCAGAAAAAGCAGCCAACUCCUACUCCACCCCCACCUCCACCUCCACCUCAGCUCCCUCCUGAUCAAAAAACAGCAGUGCCAACAAAAGCAGAAGCUAAAGUUCAGGAGGUGAAAAAGGAAACAACCCAACAGUUUGAAACAAGCAUGCAGAUUCAAUCUGCACCAACAACAAAAAUACCGAGCAUCCCAGCUGUGAAAGCAGUGCAAAAAGAGAGCCCACAAGCUCCUAAAAAAGUCUUCGUCCCUCCGAUUAAACUGCCUCCACCUCCUGAGCCUGCUCCAGCGACAAAGUCCAGACCUUUUGCUCGCAAAUUUAAAACCCCUCUCAUGCUUGCAGAGGAAAGGUUUCGUCAACAAAGGAUGGAGAAAGAGGAAAUACAGAGGAGUAAUGUCACAACUCCCACUUCUGCACCGAGUGAUGCACUCUGCUCUGCUGCCACUGCUGAGCUUUCUGUGGCCACGGAGGCGACAAAGGCAAUGACAGAGGAAGCUAAAACUGUUUCCAAAGAGGGAAUAUCAACCCAAGACUCACCUGCCAAGAAAACCCCUUCCCAGAUCCCUUUGAGCAAGCCCUUGAUCUCAGUGGUUAAUAAGAAAUCAGCCCCCGGAUCCUCAAACGUGUCUUUAGAUAAAAAGCACGUUGCCAGCGAGCACUCGUCCGAAAAGAUAGUCGCCUCAAAUGAUGUCGUUAAAAAGAACCAAAUCCCGGCCAAGAAUCAGACUGUUUCCACCUCUCAGUCCCAUCGUGAGGCCUCGAAUAUUGACGUCCAGUCAUGCUCAAAUGUGGCCACUUCUUCAGUCACGGAGCAGCAGCAGAUUAUUAAGAAGUCCAGCAUCAAAUCUACCGCUGCCACACAGAGUGCCGUCCAGGAGAAUGUAAAUCUUCAAAGCCAGACCGCGGUCACAUUGAAAGCUGAGGAUGUAAAGAAUAUUAAUGUGCCUCUGAGUCCCUCUCAACCCACUAAAAUCCCAAAGGUAGCGCCAACUUUCAAGGUGAAAACAUUUAAGAUGCCGACAGAGAAGAGAGAGGAUAAAUGUGACAGUUUGGGACAAAAGGAAUCAAUGAAAAGUGAAAUGCAUUUACAGCAGGAGACAUGUAACGUAUCACAGAAGAGUGAAACAAAAGUGAAGCAGGAGAGCCACCAGCUGACGUCGGCAAGAGCUGAGACAAAAGCCGAAAUGAAAGUAAAGGAGAAGAAAAGUCAGAUGACCCUCCCCAUAAAGGAAGCUGAAGUGGAGGCUCACAAGAAAAAGGGAAAGCAGGUGCAAAAGAAUGAGACUGAAGUCAACCUGUCACCAUCAGUUACUGUUUUAAUGCCUAAGAUGGCUAAGAUAACAUCUGCAGCGAGUCAUCAAGGACAAGGCCAUGUAGCUGUCUCCCACAGUCAGCAGAGCAUGAAGACGGAGCACAGUCAGAGACACGAGGAGGUGCUUGUGACUGAGAGCGUGGUGCAGCAAAGCCUUCAGAGGCAAGAGGCUGUUCAGGUGCAAACACAGCAACUGAAGCUACAAGCAGCAGAAACAAAUAAAAUGCAGAUAAAGGCAGCAAAGUCCAAAGGUGAGCCCAAGGAUGUGCCUGUGAAAGGGACGGAGAAAAGGACCCACAAAGAGGAGGCUAAUUCACAAGAAACGACAGCUUUCGAGAAAUGUCAUGUAAUGCACAAGCUGCUUGCUCAAAUAAAAGAGCUCGAGGGCACACCGAGCAAAGUAGACUCCAACGCUGUCAGAAUGAUUUUGAGUGAAUUCCCCGACUGGGUGAUGGGCUUGGAUGAGAAGAAGAAUUUAAGUGAAAUUGCAAAACAGCAAAGUAAGAAAAAGUUGAAAGAGAUGAUGGUGUAUGUGAAAAACAUUGUUCAGGCUAAGCUCAUAUUUUUGGGGGACAACUCGACAGCCGUGGACGAGCGGGAAAAAGAAAAGGAGGCAGCAGUGGCGCCACCGCCGGUGCCUUCAAAGCCAGACAAGAGCGUUUCCAGUGGAGCAACUGCAAAGAUAUCAAAAAUUAGUAUCGGAUCGACGAAAACUGAAAAGAAGGUGGUGGAGGAGAAAAGGUCACUUCAAGGCAGCAGAGUGCAUCAGGAGCUGAGCGAGGCGGCGGAUCAGAGAGUGUCCUCCCCUUUAGCGAGCAUCCGCACUCCAUCACCCACUUUCAUCAGCAUCGAAUCAAGGAGGGUAGACUCGCCGCUCAGAGUGACGCCUUCUCCCCCGCCCUACAAAUCAGUCGGGACACCUCCGCCUCCUCCUCGCAAGUCAUACACACCCACAUCGACCUUCAGCAGGGCCACGCCGUCUCCCACCCUGAGCCGCUCAGAGAAGCUGAUGAAACUGAGGGACACCACCUCGAAGCUUUCUCGCGGCAUGACUCCUCCACCUCCCAUGCCGGUGGCAGAGUUUUUUGCGGCCGAAAGAGGACAAUCAUCCCCGUUUGACGACAGGGCAACUCCCGUGGAGGGAAAUGAGCAAGGAUUGAUGGAUGUCGCGGAAAUGGUGGACUCCAUGAUGACUGUGAGGGACAAGAAGUCUUUCUUUGAGGAGGCGCAGAGGGCUGAGGUGAGCAGGGCGUACAUUCGGAAGGAACCCAUCGACAUCCCCGAACGUCUGGAACCGGACGCUGAGGAGAGCACCGAGGCUGUGACUAUAGAUCUGCUGAAAGAGGAUCUCCCAAGAGUUGACUUGUCUAAGCUGGUUAACAAAUUUGAAUCUCCAAAACCAAAAGUGUACACCAGAAAAGAGCCUAUUGUCAUCACAGAGAGGCUGGGCAGUGAUACAGAGGAUCCCGAGGCUGACCCACACACCCCAAAAACUGAAGAGAUCCCCACAUUCAACGUUAAAGCGAUAAAAGACGUGUUUGAGACGGGAGAGCACAGCUCUCAGGCAGCCCGAGAGCUGAGAGAGCAAAUAGAAAGGAGGGAACCUGAAUCAGUCUAUUCCGAGCUGGUGGGUCACUCUGAAAUGACAGCGGUCACUGAGCAAUUCUGCAGCGUCGACGACUUCGGAAACAUGACAAGAGAGACGAGCAGCGAGAUGCAUUCUGGGAGCUCCCUGACCCGUGGCAGCCCUCCGUCCUACGCUGAUGUGGUGAGAGGCAGCGUUCCAACAGUGGCCGUGCCCCCCGAGGCCUCCACCGAGGAGCUGCUGAGAAACUUCCAGCAGUCGUGGGCCAAGAGCCAAGGAGUUUUCCAAAACCUGGGUUUCAGCGUCACGGAGCAGAGGACUUCGCAGAUUGUGACGCACCAGCAGGAGACUGUCGUGACGGAAAAUUCGAGUUCCAGAGUCCGAACUGUGCAGGGUCUGUCGGAAGAGGGUGUACCCCAUGGAAUCGCUGAUUGCAGACAAACAAAACUUCCAUAAAAGCUGCUUUCGCUGUGAACACUGCAGAGGCAAACUAAGCCUUGGCAACUUUGCCUCUCUCCAUGGACGAAUGUACUGCAAGCCACACUACAAGCAACUGUUCAAGUCCAAAGGAAAUUACGAUGAGGGGUUUGGACAUAAACCACACAAAGAACUAUGGAGUAAUAAGAACAUGGAG